UAUACUAACACGUACGCAUUUCUAAACCACACAUACUUUCCUUCUUCUAUAUUACUACUACUACUCUCUCUUCUCAUCAAUCACCAUUUUCUCUCUUCUCAUUCGUCCUUCCAUCCUCGCAUUCUCUGUUCAAGGGCGUAAAUGGCGUCAUCAUUAACUUGCUUAGUAGGAAACGGUUUAUCGAUUAAUAAUUCGAAACAAGUAGUUGGCAACAAGUUCUAUGGAAGGCAUAUAUUGCCUUCUGGAUACAGGAAUUCAAGAGCAAUAGUAACAGCUAGUUUGGAUCAAGGGAGUGAAGGAAGAAGAUCAUUCUUGAAAUUCUUGAUUGGGAAUGCUGGACUUGGUGUUCCUGCAAUCAUUGGUUCUGGGACUGCUCGUGCAGAUGAACAAGGGGUUUCCAACUCUCGUAUGUCUUAUUCAAGGUUCUUAGAAUACUUAGACAAGGAUAGAGUUACGAAAGUAGAUCUGUUUGAGAAUGGAACCAUAGCCAUUGUUGAAGCUAUUUCUCCUGAGCUAGGAAACCGCAUUCAGCGAGUUCGAGUGCAACUACCUGGACUCAGUCAAGAGUUGCUUCAGAAGUUACGACAAAAGAAUAUUGACUUUGCUGCACACAAUGCCCAAGAAGAUUCCGGAUCUCUACUCUCUAACUUGAUUGGAAAUCUCGCCUUUCCUUUAGUAUUAAUUGGUGGGUUGUUCCUCCUUUCUAGACGUUCAUCUGGAGGUAUGGGAGGUCCUGGUGGACCAGGAUUCCCUCUCGGCUUUGGUCAGUCUAAAGCAAAGUUCCAAAUGGAACCCAACACUGGCGUGACAUUUGACGAUGUUGCUGGAGUAGAUGAAGCAAAGCAAGAUUUCAUGGAAGUGGUUGAGUUUCUAAAGAAGCCCGAGAGAUUCACAGCAGUUGGGGCUCGUAUUCCUAAAGGUGUGCUUCUUGUAGGUCCACCUGGAACGGGGAAAACCCUACUUGCAAAGGCCAUAGCUGGAGAGGCAGGAGUCCCGUUUUUCUCUAUCUCGGGUUCUGAAUUUGUCGAGAUGUUUGUUGGUGUUGGUGCAUCACGAGUUCGGGAUCUUUUCAAGAAAGCAAAGGAGAACGCCCCGUGCAUUGUCUUUGUCGAUGAAAUCGAUGCUGUUGGGAGACAGAGGGGAACUGGAAUUGGAGGUGGAAAUGACGAAAGAGAACAAACCCUUAACCAACUUUUGACCGAAAUGGAUGGUUUUGAGGGAAACACAGGAAUCAUUGUUAUUGCAGCCACAAAUCGUGCAGAUAUUCUCGAUUCUGCUUUAUUAAGGCCAGGACGUUUCGACAGACAGGUUACAGUUGAUGUUCCAGAUAUAAGGGGCAGAACUGAGAUUCUAAAAGUGCAUGGAAGUAAUAAGAAGUUCGAUUCAGAUGUUUCUCUAGAUGUGAUAGCUAUGAGAACACCAGGUUUUAGUGGAGCAGACCUAGCAAACCUAUUGAAUGAGGCAGCUAUAUUGGCUGGACGACGUGGCAGAACAGGAAUUUCAUCUAAAGAGAUUGAUGAUUCGAUUGAUCGGAUCGUGGCUGGAAUGGAAGGAACUGUCAUGACAGAUGGGAAGAGCAAAAGUCUAGUUGCUUACCAUGAAGUUGGUCAUGCAAUUUGUGGUACUCUUACUCCAGGCCAUGAUGCAGUCCAAAAGGUGACCUUGGUUCCACGUGGUCAGGCACGCGGUCUCACAUGGUUCAUCCCAGCUGAUGACCCAACCUUAAUCUCCAGGCAACAAUUGUAUGCAAGAAUUGUGGGUGGGCUUGGUGGAAGAGCUGCUGAAGAAAUUAUAUUUGGCGAACCAGAAGUCACUACGGGUGCUGCUGGUGAUUUGCAACAGAUUACUGGCUUGGCCAAACAGAUGGUGACAACAUUUGGAAUGUCCGAGAUUGGGCCAUGGUCACUUAUGGAUUCAUCAGCUCAAAGUGGAGAUGUAAUAAUGAGAAUGAUGGCAAGAAACUCGAUGUCCGAGAGGCUCGCUGAAGACAUUGAUGCCGCCAUCAAGAAGAUUUCAGAUCAAGCUUACGAGAUAGCGUUGAGCCAUAUCAGAAAUAACCGAGAGGCAAUUGACAAGAUUGUUGAGGUUCUUAUUGAAAAGGAAACCUUGACGGGAGAUGAAUUCAGAGCUAUCCUUUCUGAAUUCACUGAAAUCCCUCCCGAAAAUAGGGUUUCUUCUUCAACUCCUUCUACUCCGGUUGCUGUAUAGUUGGGAAUAUUUUUCGAUAAUAAUGUCUUCCAUUGUAUAAUUUUUAGUAGCACGUCAUCGAUGAUACCAUAUAUACUUGAAAUGUAAUUUUUAUCACUUUUAAGUUUGUGAUUAGCUAAAAGAAAACAUAAUAUUCAGAUACAAAAAC